AUGUCUACUGGAUUCGAGCCAUUCUCUGUCCCUGGAGCGCAAAUCGUCCACGGAAAUGAAUUCCCAUACGGUCUUCGAGUAAAAUCAACCAACAAAGACAUACCAAUUGAAGACUCGGUCAAUGCGAUAACCUCCCUAUCCGAAUCCGGCCAACUAUCGCAGCUUCUCCAGAAACAUGGCGCCGUAGUGAUCAGCGGCAUCGGCCAUCCCUCUGCAGACAGCUUUGCAAAGCUAAUUAACGCAGCUGAAAAGGGCAGAGGAUCGUAUCCUUUUGUACAGAUUGGAUUGGCUGGGAAGCGGAACGUCGUGGGAGAGAAUGUGUGGACUGCGAAUGAAGGGCCACCAGAUCGGAGGUUCUAUCAGCAUAAUGAGUAUUCGCGGUAUACUCGGUUUCCGGCGAAUAUACACUUUUAUUGCGAGAAGAGAGCAGAUGAAGGCGGAGCAACACCCAUCGCCCACAGCGCCCUAGUCUUCGGAAAAGUCCAAGAAGCAGUCCCCGAACUGGUUGAAAACAUCCGCCAACGCGGUCUCGCCAUGAAAAUGGCAUUUCGCAGCCCGGGGAACGAAGGAAAAGGAAACGAAUUCAACUGGGCUGGGGAGUACAGCUUUGGACAGGAAUUCCAGCCAGACGAUGACCUUGCGACGAGAAAAGCCAAGGUUGAGGUGCAAGUGCGGAAACUUACGGAGCAUUUCAAGUGGGAUGAGGAUGAUAGUUUGGAGUUGACGCAGUUUAUCCCUGGUAUUCGACGUGCACCUGACAGUGGACGUCCCGUCUGGUUUAACGGGUUGGUUGGACGAUUCGGAAUGACGAGGGAUAUUGGGGCUCUUGAUCCGCCUUAUAUUGGACGGGAUGGGAUGACAUAUCUCCCAUGUGAUUACGGUGAUGGCACGACUAUUCCUAGAGAGUAUUUGGAGAGACUGGAGGAGGUUAUCAGCAAGCUGGAAGUGCAUCUCACUUUGGAUGAAGGAGAUAUUCUGUUGGUGGACAACUUUCAGGCUUCACACGGUCGGAUGCCGUGGAAGGGAGACCGCAGAAUUCUAGUCAGCAUGUGGGAUGGCCAGACCCCUAUUCAGGCAUUCUGA